GCGUUACCUAGCAGCAUCCGGACCAUUUUUGCGGGGAUUGGUCCUUUUUCGAUGGGAGGGCAGGGGAAUUUUUACUAGAUUUAUACCCUAGCAGCAUGAAAUUGCUGGAAGACGUCCAGCACAACGGUGAAGGUAAAUUCUUGUGGAAGGACGACAUGGUGGCGGGCGACACGAACGGCUUCGGCGUCGAGUCGGAGGAGCACGCCGACUCGGGUGGCGAGCCUACCGGCCUGCUGGGCCUCACCGCCAACAACCCCACCGGCGCCAACCGCACCUCGCUCGUCAAAAUGUCCGCAGACAAGCGCGCCAAAAAGGUCCGAUUCUACCGCAACGGCGACCGCUUCUACAAGGGUCUGCCGUUCGCCGUGCCGCCGGACCGUUACCGCACGUUCGACAGCCUGCUGGCUGACCUGACGCGCUCCUCGGUGGUGGAUCGCGCCGCGCUCCCCAAGGGCGUGCGCGUCAUCUUCACCCUGGACGGCAUGAAGAUCACCUGCCUGGACGACGUACUCGAGGGCCAGAACUACGUGUGCGCCAGCACGGACAACUUCAAGCGGAUCGACUACCUGGGCAGCCAGGACCCGACGUGGAACACGCGCCGAGGCCAGCCGUCGCCGGCGCACACGCCGCCUCAGCACACAGGCAGCGCCCAGGACAUGAUGGAGGGCGCCGACCGGAUGGCAGCCGGCUCGAGCUCGCGAGACUUCAUCCGACCCAAGCUGGUGACGGUCAUCCGAAACGGCACGCGGCCGCGCCGCAUCGUGCGCAUGCUGCUCAACAAGAAGACGGCCCACUCGUUCGAACAGGUGCUGCAGGAGCUGUCGCGCGCCGUCAAGCUGGACUCGGGCGUCGUGCGCAAGAUCUUCACGCUGGAGGGCCGACAGAUCAGAGAGCUGGAAGAUUUCUUCGACGACGAUGAUCUGUUCAUCGCGUACGGAUUAGAAAAGCACCGGCCGGACGAUUUCGAGCUCCACCCAGAUGAGACCAAGUGGAUCUCGAGUAAAAGCGCCAACCAGCCCCGGACGGCGCCCGGCCGGCGCGUUCUCUCGGCCCGCCCCGACGGCUACGGCACGUUGGCCACGCCGCGCGCGCGCCGCCGGCUGCGCGCCAAGUCGCCGUUCCUGGCGUCCGGACAGCAGAACGGCGCGCCGCCGCCGGCCGCCGAGAGCGGCGUCCAGUGCCCGGCGCGCGUGCGCGAGAAGUACUGGGUCGGCAGGAAGAUCGGCGACGGCAACUUUGCCGUCGUCUGCGAGUGUGUGCACAGGUCUGCGGGCUCGGAGUAUGCGCUGAAGGCCAUCGACAAGUCCAAGUGUCGGGGCAAGGAGCAUAUGAUCGAGAACGAGGUGGCCAUCCUGCGCCGGGUGCGGCACCCCAACAUCAUCCAGCUGGUGGAGGAGUUCGACUUCCCUGGCGAGCUGUACCUUGUAAUGGAGCUGGUCAAGGGCGGCGACCUGUUCGACGCCAUCUCGACCACCAGCAAGUACACGGAGCGGGACGCCAGCAGCAUGGUGCGCGACCUGGCUUCGGCACUCUCCUACCUCCACCACCUGGACAUCGUGCACCGCGACAUCAAGCCCGAGAACCUGCUGCUGGUGGAGCGGCCCGGCGGCUGCAAGAGCCUCAAGCUGGGCGACUUCGGCCUGGCGCAGGAGGUGACCGGGCCGCUGUACGCCGUCUGCGGCACGCCCACCUACGUGGCGCCGGAGAUCCUCGGCGGCACCGGCUACGGCGUCAAGGUGGACGUCUGGGCGGCCGGCGUUAUCACGUACAUCCUGCUGUGCGGCUUCCCGCCGUUCGCCUCGCCCGAGAACAACCAGGAGGACCUGUUCGACCGCAUCUUGUCGGGCUACUUCGAGUUCACGCCGCCUUUCUGGGAUGAAGUGAGCGACUCGGCCCGCGAGCUCAUCCUGGCCAUGCUGCAGGUGGACCCAGAGGCGCGCUUCUCGGCCGAGGAGGUGCUCAUCCACCCGUGGAUCGCGGAAGACGAGGCAUUAGAGAAUGACAUGCACGUGACCGUCUCGCAUAAGCUGGGAAUUCACUUCGACACGGACUCGGGCCGGCACAAGAACGCUGGACUGAAUCUGAUGACGACAACUGCCCUAGACAAGGAGCAGGAGCUGUUCUUAGGCCAGUCCCUGCUGGGUGCGACCAGUCACUGAGUUGGCGGGUGACGUGCGGGCAGUGACGCGAAUCUCAACCAACGACCAUGCUCCCAAGCGAUCUUUUUAUUUGUGUUGCGUCGGUUCGAGUGGCUCCAAAUCAGGCGUGCUGCGCUGUGCAUGGUUUGGUUGUGCCGUGAUUUUAACGAGCCGGACGCUGCCGGUGCGAGCCGGGCCGGGCAAUAAUUGGCGCCGUUGGUGUGGUGUCUUUACUGUAAAUCUAGUGCUUUUAACGAGCGUACGACGCAAGCUGCUGUGGCCGCCUCGCUGCGCCUCCGAUUCCCUCACCGCCCGUGUGCUCGUCUCUAGUCUAUUUCGUGGCGCGGCGCCGGGUGGCUCGGUGCCGCCGGCCGCCCCCCAGGACGGGUCCUGAAAUUGAGCGUGCCGCUUCGGGGAUGCGCGCCGUCUGGCCGCGUACCCUGCUCCCCGCGGGUGGUAGCCGCUCGUUUGUCUUGGUGCACAACGAUACCGCUGGCCUAAUCAGCUGUGUGAUGUAUUUUAUUCGUAGUAAUUAUUUUGUCAAAUAAAUAGUUGCACGCGAA